UGAGGUGGCAUAUUCUGAAGCAACCAUUGAAAUGGAGUGAGCACCAAAUUAGUGCCCCCUAAACCCCAAAUCCAACCCCCAAAUGGCUGAUGCAGAACUACCAAAACGGAGCCCCGAACUCCGAAAAGACAAAAUCAACAACAAGUGGGUCAUAUUUUCACCGGCAAGAUCACGCCGUCCAUCAGACCUCAAAGCCAAAUCAAACGCAAACCCUAACAACCAAACCUCAUGUCCAUUUUGCGCUGGACACGAACACGAAUGUGCACCAGAGAUAUUCCGUGUACCCGCAAAUUCCACUAAUGAUUGGAAAAUUAGAGUUAUACAAAAUCUGUAUCCGGCAGUAAGUAGAGAAUUGGGUUUUGAAAAUAAUCGGGUUUCGGGUCAAGGUGACGUGGCAGUUAGUGGAUUCGGGUUUCAUGAUGUGGUUAUUGAAUCCCCGGUUCAUCAUGUGAAUUUGAGUGAUCUUGAACCGGUUCAAGUUGGAGAGGUUUUGUUAGCUUCUAAGAAGAGGAUUGAACAACUAAGGGAUUUUGACUCUAUUAAGUAUAUUCAGGUGUUCAAAAACCAUGGAGCCUCUGCUGGUGCUUCGAUGAGCCAUUCUCACAGCCAGAUAAUUGCUCUUCCCAUUGUUCCUCCAACAGUUUCUGCCCGUCUUGACAGUAUGACGGAAUACUACAAGCAGACUGGGAAAUGCAGCCUGUGUGAUAUUCAACCAAAUGAGUUAUUAAUUGAUGAAUCAGCUCAUUUCAUAUCGCUGGUUCCCUUUGCUGCAACUUUUGCUUUUGAGAUUUGGAUAAUUCCUCGUGAACACUCUUCUCAUUUUCAUGAAAUAGAUCGUGAGAAGGCAAUUGAUCUUGGAGGGUUGUUGAAACUCAUGCUUUUGAAGAUGUCUUUGCAGUUGAACAAUCCACCAUUCAACCUCCUGAUUCAUACCUCCCCAUUUCAAGAUGACCCCUCAUAUGCACCUUCCACACACUGGUUUAUACAAAUAGCUCCCCACUUGAGUGGAGUUGGUGGAUUCGAAAUAGCUACGGGAUGUUACAUAAAUCCUGUUUUCCCAGAGGAUGCUGCCAAAAUUCUAAGGGAUGUGAGAAUAUCUAAUUAACAACAUUUAGAGGAAAUUUAUCUAAUUAUAUAUAUCUUUAGAUACAGUAGUUAACCCUCUGUUUGGAUGGUUGUUUCCCGUGGUUCAUUCAUGUACAGUAUGGUAUGGUACAGCAUGGUGUUGUAUUGUAUUGUAUUGUAUUGUAUUGUAUUAAUGAACACAGUGUUUGGAUAGACUGUAUCGUUUGUUGUGGUUUAAUAACAUUUGUAUCGUUUGUUUGACUGUA